ACCCGCGCUUGAAUACCUUCUCACUAUUCGAAAAAAUACGGAAAUUACCGAGGUUGUCCCGAUCGGUUUGUACCACAGAGGGCGUUAAUGUACAGGGAGACAAAAUGGCUGCGCGCUUAGGAUACUGAAUUCUACAGAUAUUUAGUAAAUGACUCCGCUAUAAAAUGUCAAAACCAGAGGAUGUAAACGCAUCUCUGUUGGGGAUACAAACAUAUUUACAAACACAGACGUAUGAAAAGGGUACAGCACACAACGACAAGCGUAAUAUUAGAAAAAGGUCGAAAGAUUUCAAAGUAGAAAAUGGCGAACUGUAUUUUGUUCAGAAAGUGCUUUGUGACAGCAAUGACAACAAUCAGAAAGAAUACCAGCGUCUACGAAAAGCCAUCCUUACAGAUAAAGAGAAAAUUGAUAUAAUUUCUCGUCUCCAUGUUCACGAAAAUGGUACUCAUUUUGGUAUUGACAAAACAUCGAAAGCUGUUCAAGUUUUGUAUUACUGGGUUGGAAUCACAGAGUAUGUCAAACGAUAUAUCCGUGAAUGUCCUGAAUGUAUACUAACAAGAAUUGAACAGAAUAAUUUACAGACUCCUGGAAAGAAACGAGACAAACGUUCAUCUAAAAUAUUAGAUAAUUCUCAAAUAGAAAUAGAAAAUUACACAGCACAAAAUAACACAGAUGAUACUGAAGAAGAAACUGUUCCUGAAGACAUUGAUUAUCUAGAACACGGUCCUGAUAUUGAUGCCAAUAAUAUUAUUACAGUACCAGUGACUACAGUAAGCACGCAUGCAAAGGGUAGUGAAAAAGUCCACUUUAUUAUAAAAGAAGAAAUUGUAGAUUACCCUCCAGAACUACCAAUAUCUUACUUCUGGGAAUUGGUGGAGUUUAAGAUGUUUGGUCCAUUUGAACAUGGUGAUUCUAAAUUAUAUGUCUGUGUUGGAAUAGAUGUAUUUUCUAGAUGGACUGAAGUAAAGGUUUUUGAGAGACCAUCUGUUAAUUUAUUGGCAAGUUUUAUCUUACAGCUAAUCUGCAGGUAUGGUAAAAUGAAGAAUUUGCAUCUAAGAAAAAAUGGAAAUGGAGAAAUGAAGUCAGAAGAUGUGAUUCAAAUUAUAAAUAAUUCACUGGGAACAGAUAUUAUUUAUAAAACAAAUAGAAAUGAACACAUGGAUUCAUUUUGGAAGUGUGUUUCAGAAGAAUUGAAACAGAACAUUGAUAAAAAUCCUAACGAUUGGAUGAAUUGCUUAGAGAUAUUUCUAUAUCCGCUUCGUUUUGGUUGUUCAGAAGGUGCAGAAUAUUCACCAGCUUAUUUAGCCCAUUCAAGAGAACCAGUGUUGAUAGAUUCUUCUUCUGAUAGAAAAGAUGCCUCAUUAGAAUUAAGAUUCACAACAGCGCAACAAAAUAAAUCAGUAGAAAAAUUAUAUAACUUAUUUAAAGAUAUCAAUAACUAUAGUGCUACUCGACUGAAGAACCAAGAUUUGAAUAUUAAUUCUCAACGUUUGUCUAAACAUACAACUAAUUUAGUAUCUGAUACUGUAGUUGUACCGAUACAUGUUGAACCACAAAUUGCACCUAAUAUGACUGAACCUGAAAUCCAACCUGCAAUAACUGAACCAGAAAAUCAGCCAGUAAUUACUGAACCAGAAGAUAAGGCUGUAAUGACUGAACCAGAAAUAAAACUUGAAAUUGAACCUUUAAUUAGGACUAAAACGCAGCCAGAAAUGGGAAUGUCAUCUGAUGAUCUUACUUUAGAAUCUCAGCCACCAGAUGAAAUCACACCAUCAGACGACACCACACGAAUGAGAAGAUUACGCUCGAGAAAGUGUGACAGAAUUUUGCCAGAAUCUUCUACAAAAAAGGUGGAAAAGAUUCCAACAAAGAACAGAGGACAAACAAACAAAGAAACUAUAGAAGGUUGUUCAUCUGAUGUACCAACACCUGAUGAAAAUCGUAGACGUAGUCUAAGAGGUGUUAAGCAAGAUUGGAGUUCACUAUGUGGUAAAAGAAAACGUUCAGGUGCUGAUGAUGAGAAGAAAACAGAGGUAGAGGAAACUCCAAAUAAAAAGAAGAAGAAACAAGCACCAGCUAAGGUUGUGGAGAAAAAGAAAGAAGAGGUAUACGAAUCGGAUGAUAAUGAGGAGGAUGAUGCUGUAUAUGAUGAAGAUAAAGAUGAAGGUGCUGAAGAUGAUAAUAGUGAUAAUAACACGAGUGAUGAUGAUGAUCAGUCUAUACUGACAAUUAAUUCAUUUGAUGCGGAUGAGUUCUACACAGCCAUUAAACAUUAUCUACAGACGAAAAAACAUAAAUCACACUCUUCUUCUUCAUUAAAAUCAUCUGUCUGUAAAAGUCUGGUUAACUUUACUGUGGAGAAUAGUAGCCUCUAUUAUCAAGCCAGUAAAAAGAAUUUAAGAAAGAGAAUUGUUAUGGAUGAAAAAGAACGUAUAAAGUUGAUGACUGACGCCCAUAUAGAUGAUGAAGGUACACAUCUCUGUAAGAGAAAGGUCAUAGAUUGUAUCUCAGCUAUGAAUAAUUAUUGGCGUGGAUUAACUUUGGAUUGUGAAGCUUUUGUUCGUGCUUGCCCUCAAUGUUCUAAAGGGAGGGAAAGAAAAACACCUAAGCCUGUGGUAAUGAUGGAGUCUAAAGACAUUACAGAGGAAAAGGAUAAUUGGUAUCCAAUAACUUACUACCUGAAAAAUAAAGCUUACCCACCUGGAUAUUCUAAGGUGCAGAAAACAAGUCUACGGAGAAAAUCUCAAAAUUACUUUUUUAAAGACAAUGUUCUGUUCUACCGGUUUUGCAAUAAACCCGAUUCUGAACCACGAGAAUGUUUAUUUUCAAAAGAUGAGAAGAUAAAGGUUAUUAAAGAAGCACAUAUUGAGGAUUCUGGAAAUCAUUGUGGAUUGAACAGAACACAAGAGAAGAUUAAAACCAAAUAUUACUGGGUUGGUCAGACAAAUGAUAUUUAUAAAUAUAUCAGUAAAUGCUGUUUAGAGCCAGAAAAAUUACCAAGUCAAUACAUGGAUAAGAAAGCAGCUCUUGACGAACGAGAAAAAAGAUUUAAACAAUAUUUUAACGAUGAGAGAAAAAAUAAACCUGUGGCAGAUGGAACCAUGGUUACCGACGUCAAUAACAAAACACCAGAAAGAAAUGAAAUCGAUUCCUCAGUUGAUUGUAAUACCAGCGAUCCCCUAGAUACUGAAGUGUUCACAAAUCCAUCUUCAACCUCUGAAUCUGCUAAUACUGAUCUACCUGAAAUUACUGCUACAUCAUCUACAAACCCAUUCCAAGAAGAAACAAUGAAUGCAAUAGCUUCAUUAAAUUCCAUACAAAAUGAAGCCUCUUCCCCUGAAAAAAACCCAUCAAUAUCAACACAAACUAAUAGUUUGGAGUCAUCAGGAAAUAGUACAGAAGUUAGUUUAAAGAAGCCUACUAGACAGAAGACCGGUAAUGUCAAGAGACAAAAACAGGGAUGGUUACAGUGUGCAGUUUGUAAAACUAUAUUUAGUGGUAAAGUUUCUUACAAAAUACAUAUGAUGAAACAUUAUGGAGUAAAGCCAUAUGAAUGUGAUUUUUGUCAGAAAGGUUUUACAACCAUGAAAGCUAAAGUUUUACACAGGAGAAAACACACGGGAGAAAAACCAUAUUUGUGUAAUAUAUGUGGACGAGGAUUUGAAAGAAAGAGUGGGUUACGAUAUCAUCUUAAAGCUCAUGAACGAGGUGGAGGAGUACCAGUUCAUUGUGAUUUGUGUAGUAGAUCAUUUCAAACUGCAUCACGACUAACAAUUCAUAAAAGCUGUAAACAUCCACCAGAACAACCAGUAUUCAAAUGUAUUCAAUGUCAAAAAGUAUUUUCUUUUAAAAGAAGUCUCAAGAGACAUAUAGCCUCAGCACAUAUGAAAGAAAGAAAAUUCCAAUGUGAACUGUGUGAAAAAACAUUUGCUCGAAAUGAGUAUCUUGUUAAACAUGUCGCUAAUCAACAUAAUAGUGAAACAGUUGAUUCUAGUCAUGUUAAAGAAGAACCAGUCAAUGAGACAAUAUUAGAAUAUAUCGAUGCUAACACUUUAGCUCAAUUAACAGCUCAGGGUCAUGUAACUCUUGAAGGCAACAUACAGUUGAUUAAUCAAGGGGACAUACAGGAAUUACAAAUUAACGGGAAUAGUCAUCCAACCCACGUAGUAAUAUCACAAGAUUCUGUACAGUAUGAGGUAGAAUGUUUGACGUCUGAUCAGAAUUUAUCUAUUGAAGAUCAACAGGCUAUACAACUACUGGUUCAAGCCAGUUUACAAAGUCAACAACCAUAUACAACAACGCAACAACAAUAACUCAACACCUAUUUAUUUAUGUGACAGAAGUUUACGCAGAAAGACCUCUUUGAAUAUAUAAAAACAAAGUAUUGAUUUUAUUACAAUGGAAUGGACAAAUCUUCCUAUACGUUGACACGUUUUCAAGUUUGUUGACAUAUAUCAGUCUUUUUCCUCUUGUUUUACACUGUGGACCUACUUGAUUUAGUUACAGUUCAUUACUAUGAAUAUUACUGCAGAAGAAUAGCAAAUCAAAUACAGGCCAAUUUUCUACAUUGGAAGUGAUAUUUUCAAAAUGGCUGAUCUGCUCUGCAAUAACUUUUCGUCCAUCAAAAGAUUUAUUGAACUAUGCGUUAUAUAAAAGAUGAAUUAUUUUAGUUUGGGCUAUUACUAAAGACGUUUUGUACCAUCAAACAAAAUUCACAUAAUGCAAGAGUGAAAUAAUUAAAUUAAAUUAUUAUCUCCCUUUGAUGUUUCUUUACUUAAUAAACUGUCAAAUUAUGUAAAAUAAUGAUAUAACUUGAACUAUGACUAAUAUUAUAAUCAAUUACUAACAAUUAUGAUAUAUUUAUAACAAUAAACAACAAAGUAUCAAUUUUCACUAUAAUCAACUUUAUUCCUUUCAAAAAUAUAAACAAAACAAAUUCCACAGUCCACAUUGAAACUGAGAAGUUCUUGAUGUCAACCAUCUUGGAAACAAGUCAUGCUCCCUCUGCACAACCUAAAGCUGAUCAAUGUUCAUAGAAUUACUCUAGUCACUUGAUUUAAGUUCUGUGUACAUUGAUCAUUAAAACUCUCUUCAACUGAUUACUUUAUAAUUAUCUGUGGCCAUAAAAUCCAUAAACAUAAAAGCUUUAAUUAAAUUUGACAUUUCACACAAAUCAUAAAGGUUUCAUCCUUUUAAUAUUCGAUAAUAGUAACAGUAAACACAGGAGGACUUCACCACACAUUGUUAACUAGAAACUGUGAAGACAAACUUGUGGACAAGUAAGCCAUUAACUAAAGAUCUUUGUAAUUUUUGGAGAAAAAGAAGUGUAUCUGCUGGCAAAAACUUUAACCUCUACCUCAACAAAACAUUAGUCACUUUUUAAAAUUCUGGUUAAAACACAGGAAACUGUAAAAUAACUUUUUCUAAGUCAUUACCGGUAUAUAUUUUUGUCCAGUAUGUUGAAUGAUAAAUUGAGAAGGCAGCUGAAAUAUUAUUGAUUUGUUUUGAAUUAAAGAUGUUUUAAGUAUAAAUUGAUAUAUAAAGUACUUUUAAAUACUAAAUUUAACAAUGCAAUAUAGGAUAUAAGUCUAAAUAUAUCUUACAAAUGAAUUUAUAGAUUAACUUAUCAGUUUGUAGAUUUGUUGAUAACAGUUUGUAAAAACACUAGAAUUCUGAUCAUUUUUAUUAACCCACAUUGAAAUAUGGUCAUAUAUUGUUGUCCACCUCGUCAGUCUAAAGCCUAAAUAGGCUAAAGUUAUUAUCCGAUUGACUUUAAAUUUAUAUACAGUGGUUAUAUUCAUGAGAUGAAGAAGUGUAUUACUUGGCCCGUGAUCAUUUUGAAAAAUCUGGUCGAUUCUCUAGAGGCUAGAAUUAUCAUCUGAUUGAAUUGUUUUAUACCCCAUAUUCAAGUUCAUGAGUUGAAAAAUCCUAUUGAAUAUCAAUAAAUUCAACCAUUUCUGAUGAUUACUAUUGGAGUUUUUGCCCUUGAUCACGUAGAUAAAUCUUUGGACAUUCUAGAGGCUAAGGCUAUCAUCUUAUUGACUUGAAAUUUAUAUUCAUGAGAUGAAAUAGUCUUUAUUUUCAUCAAUUUCAGAGUUCUGGCCCUUGUUUGAUUUAGAAAAUGUUGUGGAGUAGCUUAUGGCCACCCGAGCUAAUGAGCUAAUGUUAUUGUCCGAUUGGUUUGAAAAUUAUAUGAUUACCUGAUUACUGUUACAUGUUUUGUAUAAUAAAUGUUAGCACUGCAAAGAACUAGACCAACCGGAAGACAUAGCUGCUGUAAACAUAUGUUUCGUUAUGUGGCAACCUAUCUUUAUUAUUGGCAUUAGUAUUUUGUUAUAAGCGUUAGUUAUAAGAUUCAAGGCUAUAGUAAUUUUGAUACACAUUUAGUAUGGCUACUUUAAAGUCCAGUGACAUAAACUAGAAUAUUACAACCCUGAUUUUCACAGGUUGUUUCAUUUUUUGUUGAUUUGAAAAAAAAUAUAAUUAAAAUUGUUUAUUGAAUAAAAAUUGCAUUGAGUCAUUGUU